GGUAGCCUUCAAGUUAUUUCCUUUCAACUUAAAAAGCCAAAAACUUACCACUUCCACACGGAUAGGGAGGAUAACUAUUAACAGUUAUUUAACCUUUAACAUGAACAUGAAUCAAACGUAAUAAUUUUUUCUGGGUACAUGAUACCAUACAGCAUCCAUAUCAAACUUGCGUGGGCCGCACUAACAUUAAACUUUCAUAUCAAGGCGGGGGCAUCAAACUAGUCUCCUGCGGAACACUUAUGCUGUCCUAAUUGGGAUGGCUGUGUCUUCCAGCACGAGACAUGUUGACGCUUUUGAUGUGUUCAAGUCAUAAUAAAGUUAUACAAGAGUGCACUGCGGCGUGGCUUGCCAUGAUGCUUACAUAUGAAUUAAGACUUUACGUAAUUAAUUGAAUAAAUUAGUUAAUGAUUAGUUAAUAAUUACACACAAGUACACACUCUUAAAUGUGUUUCAAUACAAACUCAUCCACUUUUUUCUGGACAGUCAACUUCCCCAUGACUGAGACAAGCAAUACAAAUCAGAAACUGAAAGACCGCCCAAGGAUAACGCUGAACACAUGAUUUGUCAGAUAUGAGAGAGAGCAAGAGAGGGAGAGAGAGAGCGAGCGAGCGAGAGAGAGAGAGAGAGAGAGAAGGCAAAUGACAUUAAGGAAGAGAGAGGCAGUAAUAGACAUACAGCAUGUAUCAGCUAUGAGAGUAUUAAAUAAGCUGAGUGUUGCAUUUCUUUGCCAGAAGGCAGGUGUGUGUGUGUGUGUGUGUGUGUGUGUGUGUGUGUGUGUGUGUGUGACGGAAAGAGGGAGGGACCUAGAGAGAGACAAACGGGAGAGGGUGAGACAGGUGAGGAAACAAGCAGUUGGAAAGGGGGAGUCAAGGGGCUAGGACGUGAAAACGUGACUCCUUCCAGUAGUUCCCUCUCCUCCCUUUCUCUCUUCCUGCCGUCCAUCUCUCGGUCCUCCCAUCCUGUCCGUGUACAUGACUGAUCCAAAGGACGAUGUUGAAGUUCCGUGUGGACCGGCGAGUCAGUCAUCAUGACACCAGUAGACCAGCUGGACCAGCAAUGAGUGCAAUCCAGCUGCAAGAGACUGCACUAAUACUCAGCAAGCAACAGAGCUGUGAUUUGGAUAUGAACACUGCUGUUAAGAAGAUCAGUCACACUAAAAGUACCAACAUGGUUUCAGAGCUGCCUCAAGAAGUCCAGCCUUGUACCCGAACGUCCAGAACAGUCAGAAAGGCAGCCACGUUUGGGAAGCGCUCCAACUCCAUGCGCAGGAAUCCCAAAGCGGAGGUCACCAAAGCAGGUUGGCUGUACAAGCAGGCCAGCAGUGGAGUGAAGCAGUGGAACAAGCGGUGGUUUGUCCUCUCUGACAGAUGUCUUUUCUACUACAAAGAUGAGAAGGAGGACGCCGUGUUAGGGAGUUUGCCUCUGCUCAGUUUCCGUAUUGGAGGAGUCCAACCUUCGGAUAACAUCACCCGCAAGUUUACCUUUAAGGUGUGGUUGGAGGAGGAGGAAGAGGAGCAGGAAGAGAACGGGGAGUUCAAAACAACCCCUGCUGUGUUUUGCAUGCAGGCGGAGCACGCCGGAACCAGAACGUACUACUUCAGCACAGACAGCCAUGAAGAACAGAAGGAGUGGAUCAGAGCCAUGAGCCAGUCGGCAGAGGUCAACCCGGUCAAUCCGAAGCAGAGAACAAAUACAGACACGGCAGAUGAACCCCCCAAGACCAUGGUGACCAGAGACCCCGACACAAAAAUCGAACUGCAAGCUCUGAAGCAGUCCCCAAACACAAAUGACACUUUGGAACCCCCCACACAAGCUAGUCCUCGCACGGAUCGGGACACAAUGAAAAAUAACACGAGGCAAAAAGAUGUUGGGGGUAAAGCUGAAGAUGAAGGCGGAGGACUAAGCUCUGCUCUCCAUGUUGGUCCGACGUCAAACCACCACCCGAACGGUUGGAGCAACCAUUGUCCUCAAGGCACCGUACCCCAGGCUCAUAUCGAUACGUGUGCGCCGCAAAAACCAGCAGACGGGCGUGUCAAAGCGCCGCAAGGCACAAACGAGCAGCAGCAGAACGUCGUACUGAGGAGGGGUUUUGUACCCCGGACGGCCCCAGAAAGGGUGGCCCAAAGGAAAAGCUCCAUGGCGCACCUGCAGCAAUGGGUCAAUCAGCGGCGAGGCAUGGCGUCUCAGGAGGACAUCAGCAGUUACUACCCAGUGAGUCAAGGGGUCGACUACUAUGGCUACCCGAGUGGCUCGCAGUAUUUGGAGGAGUACCCGCUAUACCCACCGGGGGUGCGACCUGAUAGCAUCUGUUCCGUCUCUGCUGUGGGUGGAUAUGACCACCGCUGGGCUGUUGAGGAUAAGCGACGCUCGCUGAGGGAUGGACCUCACCAGUUUUAUGACCUGCCCACCCCUCGGGACUCUUGGGGCGCGGAGUACUACGGCGGAGUAGACAAAUCUUUGAGACGGCUUUCCAUCCAGCCACGUUCCAGGUCUGUGCCCAGAUCCCCAUCGUUGUCUUCUGGGGGGGCGUACUCACCUGUGUCACACAACUUUGCCUCGCCGGCUCGAUCGCCGUCUGCCCGAUUGGACUGGAUUUCGGGAAGGAUGAGGGACGACGUGGUUUAUGCAGAUCCGUCGGUCUAUAACCUGAGGAGGUCACUCAGCUCGCCAAAGUAUGACUACCCGGGUGAUAGGAGGUCCAUAGGUCAUGGAUUAUACCACUACAACUACCCUGCAUCCCCUUCCAUCCACAGUAAAAUGGAUGACAUGUUAGACCAUCAACUUCAGCGCAACUUGGAUUAUUUAGACCAGCAGGUGCUGGAGGGAAGCCGGUUAAUUGGUUUGGUUACACGAAGGGUGGAGAGGUCCUCCUCUACAGCAAAGCUCUGUAUCCAAGUGCCCCCUUUCCACGAUGUCUACAGACAGUUACACCCGACGCUGAAGCUCAAUGAGAUUGAAACAAGUAAAAUCUUGGGCCGGCUGUGUGAGCAGAACAGAAUUGUGAAAGACCAUGAAGCUGUGGUCCACAGACUGAGAAUGGACAAGGACAACCUUGAGGAUGCGUUGGUGGCAACUCACCAGGAGAUGGAGAAGUACCAUAACCAGCCUCUGGCCAUUGAAAAACUACUCAUAAAAAAGGAAUCCCUUCAAAACCAGCUAAUCAACAUCAGAGGGGAGCUUUCACAGGCCUCCAGUACUUUAACUACCACUCGUAUGGAAUUUGAAGCUCUAGAAGAUGAGGCCCACGCCAUUCAUGGAGAUCUAUGGGAGCAACUUAAUGCUGGGGUGCAGAGUGAAUUGGUUCGAAGGCACAUCCAGAAAGAGUUUUGGAGAGUCCAGGAUGUUUUGGAGGGCCUGCACAAGAGUCACUCAUCCAGAGGCACCGACACAGCCAAGCACAGAGUGGCCAGUGGUGCUACGGGUUCCUUUAGCACCAAUAGUCCAGCCAGUCCCCUCAGCUCAGUAAGCCUCACCAGUCCUCUCAGCCCCUACUCCCCAGUGCCCGGCUCCCAGGUGUCCCCCUCUAAACAGCUGGGCCCGGAGGAAAGCGUUCCCCCAAGGCCGCCUCUCCCUAAGUCGUAUUACCCUUUGGAACCUUCCACCACCUUCCCCCCCUCAGUGCCCCCCUUGCCCUUUGACAGCACCACCUGGCUACGAAGCUUGGCCAUCGAUGAUGGGUACUUUGAUGGCGAAGAUUCUCACAUCAGAAAGUCCAGGUUUGGAGAACCGAACAAUAUCAGUGACAAUCUGGACCAAGGGCCUGAUAGGCAAUCCGCCAUGAAUAAAGUUGGGAUUGUCCCUCCGAGAACCAAGUCUCCUGCUGAAGACUCACACAGGUUGCCUGCUGGACUUUCCAGGAAUCACGGCAGUGCCUCCAAUGGGAUUUGUAGGGAACGUCCAAAGAGUGCUGUGUUUCCAGCGGAAAUGAGGUCUAAGAUGAGCGUAGAGGAACAAAAUGAACGAAUCCGUCGCAACCAGAGCAGCUCUGUACGGGAAAAGAGGCGCAGUCUGAAUCUUCCAGGCGGCCAGUCUCCAGCGAGCUACAGAGUGGUUCGUCGCCGGUUAACAGCUCAUGAGAUUGACAUCAAGGAUUUAGAGGCAGCAGUCCGAGGCCCGGGACUGGAGUCACCUCGCGAGGAAAUUGCCCGUUUGAGACGGUUACAGGUGGAACCAGAACACUAUGACCUAGACAUUAGCAAAGAGCUGAUGGCUCCCGACAAGGUUCUGAUCCCAGAACGCUACCUGGACAUGGAAGAUGAUGCCCCUCUAAGCCCCGAGGAGCAAAAGGAAAAGCGGAAAAAACUGGAGCGAAUCAAGACCCUUAUUGCCAAAUCCAAUCUGCAAAACCUGGUUCCUGUCCUGGACGGCCCUGCAGAGGGUGGAGCACCAGGCAACUCCCAGCAGCAGCUGCAGGAGCAGGAGAAGCGCAUCGAGAUCUCAUGUGCUCUGGCUGCUGAGGCCUCACGUCGCAGUCGCAUUCUCUCGGCCCAGUGCGUUCCCAGCCCCCCCACAUCCCCAACCAGCCCGGCCCCUCCCCCAUCCUCUGCUGACUCUCCCACUUCGGCCCACAUCAUGAAUGUCUGAGUGGGACCAGCACAGGCCUUGUCUGCGGUCAAAUUUGAUGGAGCAUCUUUCUGAGGUCUGAAAACAAAGCCGUGACUUUUUUGACGGGGUUGAUCCCAAGCUGCUCCCAGUAAUCCCUGGUAGGAAAUGGAACAUCUCAGCUUCAGAGGAAGCGAUGCAGACUACCACUCUGGAACAAUGUUCCAUGUUUUCCCGCAGCAUCAAGAGAAGCAGAGCGCUGUCUUUCCGUCUUUUUAUCGUAAUAUUUCAAUAUCAUUUAGCUCAGGACGUCAUUGUUUGUUUUUCAAGUUAUUGAGCUGAGCUUGGCUUCUUGAACGGGUUGUAUGGGAAGUGCUCAUGGGCACUUUGGAGAUUUCGCCCGUGUUUGCGGUGGUCGAUUUGGUUGAUUUCACGCUGUUGAGCCAUGAUGGUACAACGAUAUGAAAGCUGACUUUCUUGACCUCCCUCAUCCUAUCAGGUCCAUUCAUUCUCUUGCCUUACACGCUUCUGAAAUAUCCACAAUCAUUUUAAAUAAAUCCAUCCUCAUUCCCUUUUCACAAUUUUUGCAUUUCCAUUUUUGUGAUUGAUUUGACAAUGCAGUGGAAAAACCAAACACAGACCCAACUAAAAAAAGCUAUAUUUUUUUCCUUUCCGAGGCAGAAGCAAACCACAGCCUUUGACUUUUUAUUUUAAAAAAGCAAACACUAAAAUUCACAUUACUGACUGUCAUGAUACUGUAUUUAUUCAAAUCAGAACUAUUGUAAAUACUACAUAUAACACUGCUUAAUAGAUAUACAGUAGCCAGUGAUUGUCUUACACAUAUAUAUGUGGAUAUGUGUUUCAGAAUAGGAAGCGAUAUUUGUGUUAAUAUAUGGAUAUAAUGAAAUAGAAGUGACCUUAGAAGUGGAAGUCUUGCCUGUGAAGCUUGGAGGAAUAAAGCAAAGAUUAGUAAAAAUGGAAGAAUAUUGUGAUUUUGGUUUAAUCAUGCAGUGCCAUAUGUUUAAAAUCGUGACGCUCCGAUAACAGUUUUAGACCACGAUCAUGCGCGAGUGAAAUCGGCCGAAACCGAUCAUAUGGAUUAAGUGGAUUCAUUUAUGAUGAGUGCUAAUAGCCAGGGGUGCGGUAAAAGGGGGGAAAGUUAGGAUAAUUCCAAGGUCAGCCUGAUUUGAUCAGAAUUCCUGGCUGCACCCCUGCCUGCUACUAGCAAUUUAUUAAUUAAUUCAUUCAUUCAUUUUCUCCUAAUUAUCCUCACAAGGGUCGCAGGGGUUCUGGAGCCUAUCCCAUCUGUCUUCGGGCGAGAGGCGGGGUACACCCUGGACUGGUGGAGUGAUUUGGAGUCGCCAAUUAACCUAGCAUGUUUUUGGAAUGUGUUAGUGUUCUAACAAAGAACUAAACUCAUCACACACCAACUUAACACUCAAAAGGUAUAAUUAUGAAACCAGCUCAACCGAAUCAUUUAUUCAUUCAUUCAUUUUUUACCAUUCACACUCACAUUCAUACCUAUGGACAAUUUGGAGUCACUAAUUAACCUAGCAUGUUUUUGGAAUGUGGGAGGAAACCGGAGUACCCGGAGAAAACCCACGCAUGCACGGGGAGAACAUGCAAACUCCACACAGAGAUUGUUGCCGAGGGUGGAAUCAAACCUGGGUCUCCUAGCUGUGAGGCCCGCAUGCUAGCUACUAGCGAUAUGACAUGAAAAAAUGAACCAUGAAUUCACCUUCAUUUCGACAAAAACAUAUUUUAUUUACUUUUUCAAGAGAACAUAUAUUUUUAUUGUUCAGAAAAAAAUGUCUCAUGGGUAAUAUAAAUUAAUUCAUCACACAGUAGAUGAAAAUGAACUUUUUGCCGGCCUCGUUAUAUUAAUUGCCAUGUGCUUGCUUGUCUGUUUUCCUUAUCUCUUGCCUCAAGAUAGACAAGUGAGCCCUUUUGUCAGUCUCAGUGGGUGGAGGCGGGGCCUCUCGCAUACACACAGAGUGCAGAAGAGUGUAACGUAGUAGAAAUAAAUUAGCAAUUUACCAAAAAGUAAAAUAUCAAAAUCUCGCGACACCCCUAGCCGAUAUUAAUCGCUGAGCGAUCGAUCGGAGCAUCCCUAGCGUAAAAUAUGUUAGCAUUUUUUCAAACCAUCAUGAUUGGACAUAGCCAUGACUGACAAGGGGGAUUGGAAAUUCCACAUGGCGCAUUUUGUGGUGUUGAAUAAAACUUGAAAUUCAAUUGGAAUUGAUUGGAAAUUCAUCACACCCGAUUUAAUUGUCAUAAAACCUUUUAAAUAAAUGUGUAGCUGUUUGUUUUGGAAUUGAUUUCUGUAUACUAUGGCACUUAUUUCUUGUAAGUUUAUAGCUUUAACCGAGCAUCUGUAUGUCAGUCUCACUCAUUUUUUGUUGAAAUUCUUGGAUGAGGAUGUAUGACAUUUCAUAUGGAAUAUUCAUUUUAUAUUUGUUCCAAGUGCUGCUAUUCCAUGGUGCGACUUUGCAGCCGUGUCAGUGAUAAAUAUUAAAUAAUAAAUAAGGACACAAGAUCAUUCAUCUUACAGCUCUGAUAAAACAUUCCACUGUUCUCAAAUAUCUUCAUUUUUAUUUUUCUGCACAAAAUAUGAAAAAUAAAUAAACAAAUCAAGAAUACAGAAAAUCAAUCAAUCAGUAAUAAAUAAAUAAAUAUAAUAAUAAUAAAACGGCAAAUAAUAAAAACUUAAGAAACCACAUAUAGUUGGUGGGUAGACAAAUGAUUUUUUUCCGAUUAAAAUGAACAAAGCAUUAUUAGAGCCCUGUAGACAUGACAAAACACGACUAUAGUCACAUUUAUACUCUUUUUAUUUACAACAUAUUGCGCAACUGCAGGGUCUUGUGACACAUGCUAACUCGCAAACUAGAGAGCUAGCGACCUAAACGGUAGCCUUCAAGUUAUUUCCAUUAAACUAAAAAGCCAAAAACUUACCACUUCCACACGGAUAGGGAGGAUAACUAUUAACAGUUAUUUAACCUUUAACAUGAACAUUAAUCAAACUUAAUAAUUUUUUCUGGGUACAUGAUACCAUACAGCAUCCAUAUCAAACUUGCGCGGGCCGCACUAACAUUAAACUUUCAUAUCAAGGCGGGGGCCUCAAACUAGUGUCCUGCGGGCCACAUUCGGCCCGCCGGCCACGUGUUUGAGACCCCUGUCUUACACCAUUUGUCAACACGACACAGCUUUUUAGAGGCACACCCGUUUGUCAUCAUGCGCAUCAUCAUCAUGUUUGUUUGUUUGUUUUUUUUGCUCACGCACGUCAAUGUUCAAGUGACCUGUCUUCUUUUAAAAUACGCUAUUAGCACUUCAAGCUCAUUCUCACUAAGCAAAAACAAAAACCUUACUUACAGAUGACUAUUUUUUUCUUUUUCAGUUUGAUAAAAAAGGGAACACGGUAUGAUUCAAAGUGGUACAGUACAAUACUUACAGUAUAUUUUUACACGCAUGGAAGAAUGAUGACCAUGCACUUUGUAUGCUCAAUUACAGAACUUUUACUUUAAGUGUUUUUUUUUUAAAUUGAACAUAGAUAUUUUUGGAAUGAAAUGAACUCUUGACAUGUUUGGAAAUGGUUUUCAAUAUUUGAUACUCGAUGUAGCAAUCCUGGCUGAAAAUAAAUUGUAUUUUGUCCAAAUUAUUCAGCAAUUCUUGGCCCGUCGGUGGGAAUGUCCGCUUCGGUUACGUUGUGCUUCUAUCACUUUGAACCAUUUUUUGUGGGGGGGGGGGGGGGGUGGACUUGUUGAACUAUGCAAAUGAUCCAACAGAGACAAUAAUAUGCUUGCUUUGAGAAAACAUUGCAAUAAAGUGAAUGUAAACAAAUUUCUGCAGAUGCUUUGGAACUCCCCACAGUGUUUUGUAUCAGCAAAUGUUUUUUCUUUGGAAUGCUUUUCACUUCAUCCACUUGCUAAUGAGGGAUUUCACUGCCAAAUAUCCUCAGACUACUGAGUGAAGUGUUAUGCUGAGAAAAUCACGAAUGGUCACAAUGAUGAUGAUGAUGUUCUUCAUUCUUUGUUCAACCAAGUUGUUUAUAUGAAUAAAGACUAAAACACAUGUACUAUUUCUUCUUUCUAUAGCAAGGGCAUCAAACA